GCCGAGCCACGGGCUUGGCUUUUUAUCUGAUUUACGAACAAAGAUUGAUAAAACCUGAUCCUUUUGCGCCUCCUCGGCGAUAAAUUUUUGGGUUUUUGCAUGCUCAACUCUCUCAUCUUCUCGUUGCUGUCUUUAAAGCUUCUGGUUGUAGCGAUUUGCAAUGGUCACCAAGGAUCCAGUCGAGCGGCAUCUGCCCGUUGCGGACGGUGAAGACAACGCCUCCCCAACGCUGUCCCAGACGGACGAGAAGGGCAUCGCAGAUGCUUCUAGCUACCCAUCUGAUGACACCGAAUCAAUCAGAGACUUCCCGUGGACUUGGAAAGCUACCGCUCUUGUUUGUGGUGUUGCCCUCUCCUGGGGCUCGUCUUUCUCUGAAAACACCCUCGGACCUCUGAAAAGCACUUUGAUAAAGAAUCUGGAUAUCAAUAACUCCCAGUAUGGAGCUAUUUCCUCGGCCACGUCGCUCGUGAAUACCGUCCUCCCAAUUCUCGGGGGCUACGGGCUCGACCAUUAUGGCGUCGAAUGGGGUUCUUUGGCGUGCUCGGUUGCAAUCUUCAUCGGCGCGGUGAUAUCAGCGGCUGGCUCCAACCAGGAUUCAUUUGCUUUAGUAGUCGCUGGGCGAGUUAUUAUGGGCUUCGGCAGCACUGUUAUCGAGACAUGUACAUCUAAGAUCCUGGCCCAUUGGUUCCAACACAAGGGACUUGGCUUGGUGUACGGCUUGGAUUUGUCGAUUGGGAAACUCAUUGUCCUGAUUGCGAAAGCCACUGCGGUUCCGAUGCGAGACGCCACUUCGUUCUGGGGCUGGGCGCUCUGGAUCCCCGCCAUUGUGUGUUUCGCCAAUCUUUUACAAAACAUCUUCUACGUCUGGUGGGUUUGGACACGACCUGAAUGGACUCGUAUGCCAACAGGCCAGGAGCGAGCCAGAGAGAUCACUCGUCGUGAACGCUUGCAGGCUGGCAACACUGAAGUGGCCACAACGAACACCAGCAAGAGCACUCGUACACUUCGGGCACUUCCUGACUGGAGUUCCCUCCUUCGCGUGCCUCGCUUCUUUUGGCUAGUCGCCUGCACACAAAUUCUCCAGGCCGGUGUGGUGGGAGGAUUUAGCGGUCUUAAUGCCGACAUAAUCAAAGAGACUCGAGGGUCCACGGCUCAGCUUGCCGGGUACACUUCCGCAGUACAACAGGUUAUUCCUGUCAUUUGCGCACCGUUGAUCGGGUCUUACUUUGACUUCUUCGGCCAUCGGAUGGUGUUUGUUAGUAUCACAUCGGCUAUCUGGAUCUUGGUGUAUUGCCUUAUUGGAUUUACCCAGACGAACGCCCUGGGCUCCAUGGUUAUCGCCUCAGUGGCGUCGACAAUGAACGCUCUUCCCUUCCUGGCAUCGAUCCCCCUCAUCGUCCCUGAUCAGCUUGAACUGGGACUCGUGUUCGGAAUCUGGAAGGUUUUCAACAAUGCUGGAAGUGUCAUUGUCGACAUGAUUGCCGGAAGGCUGCAGGACAUCACCCCUGGAGGCACGUAUGAGCGUGUCAUUGCUUUCCUUGUGGCUGUAAAGGGGCUGGAGUUCUGCCUUGGUCUCUUCUACGGAAUCUUGGACCGAAAGUAUCUCUCGGGAAUUCUGAGCAUCAACAACAAGAAGCGCAUGAAGCUUGAGAAAGAGGGCAAGCUUGAGGAUUGCGUUGGGCGUAAACCCUCCAAGGAGUAUACGACAGCAGGUAUUGGCUUGGUCUGCUCGCUGAUCAUCAUUGCUUGGGUGCUGUUCAUCAAGUACUCUAUUUGAUAAUGUUGAUUGAUGAAAUGUCAAAAAUGACAGUAUUUAGCUUUGCACACUGGACACGCUGCGGCAUCGCAGUCAGGGCAACGAAAUGAAAACUUUGCUCUUUUCUCCCCA